AUGGCACAGCCACAAGAGAUGAAGGGAAGUGAGAAACUGGCGAGCUGUGAUGCAUACUUUGAGACGAUUCAAUCCAAGAAAAGAUUGCCCCCUUCAGUGCAAGAAAGUCUGACCUCUGCAUUUGCAAGCAUCCCGGUUUCUUCAUUCCCACAAGUUCCUGGUGGCAAAGUGAUCGAGAUCGAAGGAGAUGCCUCAGUAGCUGACGCGGUUAAGGUUCUAUCGGAGCACAACUUAACGUCAGCUCCAGUCAGGAACCCCGAAGCAAAAACGAGUAAAAAUUGGAGAGACAGAUAUUUGGGGAUUGUGGACUACUCGGCCAUAAUCUUGUGGGUGUUAGAGAGUGCAGAGCUGGCGGCUGCUCUGAUGGCAGGUUCGGCGAGUGCAGCAGGUGUGGGGGCAGGGGCAGUCGGCGCUCUCAGGGCAUUGGUGCUGGGCGCAACUGGUCCUGCUGCAGUUGCUGGGCUCACGAUUGCAGCAGUUGGUGCUGCUGUGGCCGGGGGCGUGGCUGCUGAGAAAGGUCCAGGUAGAGAUGCUUCCACCGCUGCGGACAAUUUGGGGCAGGAUUUUUACAGGGUUAUUCUGCAAGAGGAGCCCUUCAAGUCCACCCCAGUGAAGUCGAUAAUCAAAUCAUUCCGGUGGGCUCCAUUCAUACCAGUGGCAGAAGAUAGUUCGAUGUUGAGCGUGUUGCUGCUACUUUCGAAAUACAGGCUACGGAGUCCCGUCAUUGAAUUGGGAAAGCCAGACAUAAAGAACCUCAUCACUCAAUUUGCGGUCAUUCAAGGCCUCGAGGUUGCAAGGGGAAGAGAUUGGUUUGACUGCAUUUCCGAAAUUGCUGUUGGUGAAUUAGGACUUCCUUUUAUGUCACCUGAUGAGAUGAUCUUAACGUCCAGUGACGAACUGAUUCUGGAGGCUUUUAAGCGGAUGAGAGAUAAUCAGAUCGGUGGCGUUCCGGUUGUGGCAGGGCCAAAGAAGAAGAUGGGAAACAUAAGCAUUAGAGAUAUUAGUCACCUGCUGCUGAAGCCCCAGCUUUUCACCAAUUUCAGGCACCUAACUGUGAUGGAUUUGAGCACUAUCAUCUCGACAACUCAAGAAGCCGGCAAGGUCAUACCGCCAAUCACAUGCAAGCCUGAUUCAACACUCGGCAGCGUGAUCCACAGCCUCGCCUCGAAGUCAGUCCAUAGGAUGUACGUGGUGUCUGACGAGGAGGAAGUCGUGGGGGUGAUCACACUUCGAGAUGUAAUUUCUUGCUUCAUUCACGAGCCUCCUAAUUAUAUCGAUGAUUACAUCGGGUUCUCGGUCAAGGAGAUGCUAGAUCGAUGAGGCUCUUGUUACUGGUGUCACUGACGUGCUCCAAGUAC